UGCAGACCUGCCUCGUAGAGUGUGCGACGUGUCUUCUCCAGGCCGUCUAGUGGAGCUCAAUCAGACACCCGACACUUGCUGGCCAAGGUCAAGUCAUCACUACGGAAGAGUUUAUGGAAAAAUGACGAAGUUGUCUGGUGCCUGAGGCUGCCUUGCCUAGCUGGAGACUAGGUGGAGGGGCUUUCUUUCUGUGUAAACUACGGAUCAAGCUUCCCAUCGUUUUCAUAAGUCGAGCACGCCAUUUCAGAGAUCAUUUUCAUCACAAGUCGUAUUCUAUUCCCAUUAUGGCUGAAACUGAGCGCCCUCAAUACUAUGAAAACACUCUGACUCCACUCCCAAUCAACCCCGCGACUUUAAUCGACACUCUUCGAGAGCUUCGGGAGGCUGUUUACAAUGGCGCAGAAUUAGUCCAUGAAAAAGAGCCCAUUCCAGACAAAUGGAGUGCGGGAGGGAUGUUUAAGCAUUUUCCAGGCGUUGCCCUUGCUUUCUUACGUCUCGAUUACCAAUCUUCGAUACUGGCUAGUCAGAAGGCUUCGUCGACGGAGUUUCGGCAAUAUGCCCUCCAAAGAAUCCCAUCGGGCUUACCUGAUAUGCCUCUGCUCCCGUCGCGGCUAUCUCCCGCGGGGUCGUUGUCGCCUAUGAGCGCUGUGAUUCUGCACAUCCUCUCAGUUGUGGCAGAGACCAAUUGGGGGGCUGACGCUAGGCCAAGCCUUUCAGCGGAACUCAUCGUCCACCUUGAAGAUGCUGUCAAUCUGGCACUGAAGAAUGGUUUUAUCGUUCCUCACGGCGAACACAGGUUGGGAGGAGACGAGAUGCUGUACGGCCGCGCGGGGCUUUUAUGCCUUCUUUUGAAUGUUCGCGCGCAUCAAUUCAGUGAUGAGACCCAAAUGGCGCUUGACCGAGUCCUCGACAUGAUCCCUCAGUUGAUUCGUGUUAUCAUCGAGGCUGGCCGAGAGGGUUCGAGGGAUUAUGUGAAUAAGUAUGGGCAGAAGGAUGCCCAUUCUCUGAUGUAUGCGUGGAUGGAAGGCCACUAUGCCUUUGGCGCUGCCCACGGAAUCACCGGUAUUCUCCCUAUUAUACUUUCUUGCAGGGAAGAGGAAAUAUCGGAGUAUUUGCCUGAGAUCGGAGAAACCAUCACUGCUCUCUGCAAGCUUUGCACUGCGAAUAAUGGCCACCUCCCAAUGACACUUCCCCCGCGCGGCCCGAAAAAGUCCUCCGAACUCGUUCAGUUCUGCCAUGGCAGUCCUGGAAUACUUCUGCUUUUGGGGACUGCUCUGAAAAAUGACAAGCUGACUAGGGCAUAUUGGCAUCCCACGUGGAGCCAGACUUUGUACCAGGCCACUUGUCGCACUUGGGAGGAGGGUAUCCUCUCAAAGGGAGGGAGCCUUUGCCACGGUAUUUCCGGUAAUGCAUGGCCGUGGCUGUUGCUUCACGAUGCCUUUGAGUAUCACUCGAAGAGCAUCGACGAUGCCCGACGCGAAUACUUCCAACGUACUCAGGAUUCAGUGGAGCCAGAUGAGGAUUUGAACCAGAAGCUUACAUCAGACUUCUUCCUGUCUCAGGCACUGGCUUUCAUGCUGCAUUCAUUCGAGACUCGUCCCUACAAUACUGCACCUGGGACUUCUGAUCGCGAAUACCGCACCCCCGAUGAUCCAUACUCGCUGUUUGAGGGGCUGGCAGGUAAUAUUUGUGCGUGGGCUGAGACUUGUGCGGUGAUCCAGGCGAGGUUGCGCAAGGUAAUGCUGAGCGAGGAAGGGGCUAACGUGGAGGAAGAUAGCAUGUUCCAAGAAGCGAUGCGCUCUGUAUUGGGAUUCCCACUCAUUGGUGGAAACGGAGUCCGAGGUGUGCUUUAAGUUGGCUCUUCUCUUGGUACAGUCCUGGAGAAAUAGAGGAACGAUGUUGCUUUUCGUAAUUUGAUGACCAUGCGACAGUGUGCCUUAUCCAGCGCCUUAAUGAGACUUUUUGUAGGGUAGACACAACCGUGUCGGUUGCAGG